AGAUUUCAGGAAGAGAUUUUACGAACGGCGUCAUGGCCUGGUUCAAGGUGCUGCUUUUGGCAGCCUUGGGCCAUGUCGAGGCGCAGCAUUUGGUUGAUAUGCACACGAUCGUCGGCAUCGAGUGUGGGCAGGUGCAGCUGGAAGCCAGCUGGGCAGAUUGGGUUCAAGAGCUCGCCGGGUUGCAGGAGGGCUCAUGUGACUCAUUGGGAUUCAGCGAACCUGCUGGAUUCAAGGAGGUAGACAUCCCCGUUGUGGGAAAGUUCAGCUUGGGCAUCUUCCGGAAGCCUGACAUCUUGGGAGUUGCCAUGCAACUAGGCGAGCAGUUGGGUGGACAGCCAGCCAAGCAAGGCGAUGCAUGCUGCCAAGUUUGCAAGGAGGAUGAGGACAAGCUUGUCCGCGUGGCAUCUGGGGUGUGCCAAGAGACAUGCUUGACGGUGGGCAAGAAGCUCAUCGUCUCGAUGGCUGGGCUUCUGGAGCCCGGCUUUCAGCGUGGCUCCAGCUGUGCGUCUCAGGGCUUUCCAGUUCUCAAUGCUACGCUGAUGAAGGGUCUGGAACCAGCCGGCUUUAGUUGGGAUGUCUACGCACCACAGCCACCUCACACGCAGACCUUUCGGAAGGUAGCGGCUGGAAUCUGUGGUGAAGUGACAGUAGACGACCAGACGCAGCUGGCUGCGCUACAGAAGAUCGGCUUGCUGGAGCCUGGUCGCUGUAGCUCGGAAGGCUUCAGCCAUCCCAUGGGGAAGCAGUACAUUCCUGGCCUGGAAAACACAGAACUUGCGCUUUUCCAAAAGGCUGGCGAGUUGGACAUUGUCGAUGCAGUGCACAUGCUCUUUGCGGCCAUCACACAGGACACGAUUGUUCUGUACAAAGUCGUGGGCGAUGUUUGUAGUGAAGCUUCUGUUGACAGGAAGUUUGUGCAACCUUUGAUGGCUCUGGCUUUCACGGAGGGCUCUUGUCAGGACCAUGGCUAUGACCAGCCAUCUGGCAGUCAGUCCUUCACAGUGUUGCUGACCGAUCUGCAGCUUGCACUUUACCGCAAGGCUGGCAGUUUGGGCAUACACAUUUGAGCGUGUUUGCUUGCACUUGUUUGUCGUGAGACAUCAUGCAAUGUUAGCACGUGCUGCAUGAGACAGCGCGUCGAAGCUGAAAGUCCGAUUGGUCCAAUCAGUCCGAUGCGUUUGGUCAAUGGCCGCUUGGCGGUUCUGUUGAUGGAUUUCAGCUCAAUUCGUGGCCAGCAGUGAACUCCUGCGACAAGCAGUUUCUGCCCCAAGCCGCAGGCCAAGUUCAUCACAAGCGCAAUCUACAAGUACUGCUACAAAGGGU